AUGUCGGUCUCAAGCCUGGUCGACUGGCUAGGUCUGAGCGAAACCUCACCUCAAGUCAAGCUCAACACCCUACCACUGUCAUAUUUCAAGUUUCCACCCACUCCAGAACCGACUACAGUACCACCUCCACCAGCAGCUUACAAUGAGCCUACCCUUGCGCACCCAUUCACUGUACCCACCGAUGUCUACAACGACCUCCUCAAGCCGCAAGUCCCCAUCACGGUCGCCUUGGUGUACAUGUCAUUGGUUUCGGUCCUGAACCAGGUCAAUGCCAAUCGCGGGAACAAACCGUGGGCAAUCAGCAGAACACGCAUUUUUAAGUUGCUGGUCAUCUUCCACAAUACUUUCUUGGCGGCAUAUUCAGCAUGGACGUGUGUGGGCAUGGCUAAUGCCUUGCACCGGUCGCUACCAGCCUUGAACGAAGAUUGGAGUGUUUCAACAUCAUUGGACGCGCUGUGCAAGCUACACGGGCCUCGAGGAGCUGGAAAUGCGGCGACAUACAAUGCGACCACCAGCGCAUGGACAAUGACAAACCGCCUAUUUCACCUGGCUGCGGACGGCCUCGGUCCUGAGACUACCGAUGCCGGGCGGAUCUGGAACGAGGGAUUAGCAUUCUACGGCUGGUUCUUUUACCUGUCCAAGUUUUACGAGAUUGUGGACACAUUGAUCAUCCUGGCCAAGGGCAGGAAGAGCAGCCUCUUGCAGACCUACCAUCAUGCUGGUGCCAUGCUGUGCAUGUGGGCUGGUAUUAGGUACAUGUCUCCGCCCAUCUGGAUGUUCGUUCUGGUCAACUCGGGCAUCCACGCAGUCAUGUACACAUUUUAUCUUCUGUCGGCGCUCGGAAUCAAAGUCCCCAAGUGGUUCAAACAGACUUUGACGACCCUCCAAAUUUCGCAGUUCGUUGUCGGAGCGACCUUCGCCUUCCUACAUAUCUUCCUUGUGUAUCAGAUCCCAGUCAAAGUGCCCUACCUUUACCACCUCGGCGGAGUCGCCUCAAAGGUCGUCUCGGAAGCUCCAACCGAGGUCACCUCCAGCGUCGCUUCGGCAAUUUCCACAGCUGCGAACUAUGGCGCUUGGCUGAAGAAGGCCGUCCUCCGAGGCGCAGGCUACGAGGGUCUUGCGGAAAACGUCUUGAACGAGCAAGGCAAACCGUUUGGAGUGGACGCUGUUCAUAUCGUAGAGGACGCGGUUAGAAGAGAAGAGACACGCUACAGAGACGAACUCCGAUGGGUUCAUUGCCUUGACACUAGUGGGCAAGUCUUCGCCAUCCUGCUGAACUGCGUGUACCUCCUGCCGCUUACGUGGCUCUUCCUGCAAUUUUUCAUCCAGGCAUACAUUAACCAAGUCGAGCGGAGACGGAGUCGAUCCGCGAGCGAUGCUGCCGUGGCCGCUCGAAACAGCUUCAUCGACGCUUCCAAGGGUGUAUCCAGGCGUCUGAGUCAAGCGGUUCAAGAGAUGCACAAUGUAUCUGAGGACAUUGGCGAUGACACUGUCCUUGUGGACGGCGAUGAAAUCAGGAGAGAAAUGAGAGAGGCUGCCGAACAAGCCAAGAAUGCAAUCAAGCGAGGAGAAAACAAUGUGAAAUCGUCAGUCAAGAACAGCGGCAUCAGUCCUGAGGCCGUAAAGCAAGAGUUCAACCGUGAUGUGGAAUCAGCCAGGAAGACUCUGCAGGAUACAGCCGACAGAGUGAAGAAUGCAGCUGCCAAGGCUGGAGAUGCGGAGAAUAGAGAGAAGAUCAACGCGAAGGCACAAUCCUUGAAAGAUAGCGCCGCCGAUGCCGUGGGGAAGGCUGUGGACAGCAUCAAGUCCGUGGCCGGAAGUGUGCAUGAGCAAGCCGAGCCCGCUGUUAACUAUGCUUCAGAGAAAGCAGGCGAAUUGAAAGACCAGGCUGAGCCCACUGUCAAUGCGGCAGCUGACAAGGCCGCCGAACUGAAGGAUCGGGCCACUGAGACAGCCAAGAGCACUGCAGGUGAAGCAAAAUCAUCCAUACCAGGGUCCGUCGAUGAAGCAAAGGAGUCAGCACAGCAGGCAAGUGCGUCGGCAAAGCAAACUGCCAAAAACGCCGCAGAUCAAGCCAAAGAAACAGCAUCGAGGACGGCCGAUGAAGCAAAUGAGCCAGCCCAGAAAGCAGGCCACGCAGCGAGAGAGACCGCCCAGGCCGCCGAGGAAUCAGCAGAAGCUACCGUCGAAUCAGCCUCCAGCAAAGCAAAAGACCUCUCCAAGAAGAUCCAGGACAGUCUAGAGCAGGGCGCCUCGUCCGGAAAGGGGGAAGCAUCCGAGGUAAACAAAUUCACAUCACAGAACCAAGAAUCAAGUAUGACGUCGGAAACGAAGACCCCAAACGGAAAUGGCACAGGCGCCGACGAGGUGCCUGGGCCGAGUCAGAGCGAGGUGAAGACGGAUGAGAGUGAACAGACGAAGGUGGAGAAGAAAGAAGAAGAUGAGAUCAUCGACGACAGUCAGGUUGUGAGGGAUGAGGACGUCGAUACCAAGACUAAAUCUAAUGGUGAAGGCAGUGGCAAUGCAGAGGAACCGACAGUGACCUCGGCCCAGGGAGCAGGAUCGGGCGAUAAGCCAAGCUUUGCAGAAAUGUUGAAGAAGGACGAUGAGGGCGAGAACGAGGACGGAGGGGACAAGGCGAAAGAAGGGUGA